AUGACGAGUCAACACGAUGUCCCACCCUCCAGCUCCCGGAGGUCGAAUGGGCGGAACAUCGGGCAGUUCGUCAUCGACAAGGAGAUUGGUAAAGGCAGCUUUGCCCAGGUAUACAUGGGUUGGCACAAGGAAUCCAAAGCCGCCGUUGCCAUCAAAUCCGUCGAACUCGCUCGGCUGAACAAAAAGCUCAAGGAGAAUCUCUAUGGCGAGAUCCAGAUUCUCAAGUCCCUCCGCCAUCCUCACAUCGUCGCCCUCCAUGACUGCGUCGAAUCCUCGACCCACAUCAACCUCAUCAUGGAGUACUGCGAGCUCGGAGAUCUGUCCUUGUUCAUCAAGAAGCGGGACAAGCUCAUCACGCAUGCGGCCACGCACGAAAUGGCCCGCAAGUACCCCGUUGCCCCCAACUCUGGUCUGCACGAGGUCGUCAUUCGCCAUUUCCUCAAGCAGCUGGUCAGUGCCCUCGAGUUCCUGAGGAGCAGAAACUACGUCCAUCGAGACGUGAAGCCGCAAAAUUUACUCCUCCUGCCGCCUCAGUCCUUCCGGGACCGGGGCCGCUUCCACAUCAUGUCGGCCAGCCAGGACUCGCUGAUACCCUGUGCCGGCCUCGAGUCGCUGCCGAUGCUGAAGCUUGCCGACUUUGGUUUCGCCCGCGUCCUGCCCUCGACCUCGUUGGCCGACACCCUUUGCGGCUCGCCCUUGUACAUGGCGCCUGAGAUCCUUCGCUACGAACGAUACGAUGCCAAGGCCGAUCUGUGGUCCGUCGGCACCGUCCUCUACGAAAUGGUCACCGGCCGACCUCCCUUCCGCGCGAGGAACCAUGUGGAGCUGCUGAGGAAGAUCGAGGCGGCCGAGGAUGUCAUCAAGUUCCCCCGCGAAGUUGUCGUCACCGCCGAUAUGAAAGCCCUCAUACGGGCGCUGCUCAAGAGAAGUCCGGUGGAACGGCUCAGCUUCGAGAACUUCUUCGCCCAUCCCGUCGUUACUGGCGACAUUCCAGGCUUGAUCGAGGAUGACGUGCCGAAGCUGUCGAGGAGGGAGCUGGAGACGAUCCCGCAGGGUGAAGCCCUCCCCACCGCCUCCUCUCCCGUCGCCCCUGCGCGAUCGAAUUCCCAACGCCACACCAGUGCCGAGCCGCCUAGAUCUCCCCGAGAGCAGCAGCCGCGGUCGCCACAGACCGGUAAUCCAGGUGACGUCCGGUACCGCCGACAAUCGGGCGACGUUCCGCGGCUCGCCCAGUCUCCUCGCGGCGGCGGCGGCGAAGGUUUGGGCAUCCGGCGACCGUCCCCCCAGUAUGCGACUUCGGCGCCAAACUACGUGCCGCAGCUGAGCAGCAGGCCAUCGCGUGAGAGGGUCUUGUCUCAUGGCACGGCUCCGUCGGAGGCACGCAGGCAUAAUGCCGUCGCUGCCGCGAGUCGCCAUGUUGCCGCCGAGGACCAGGCCGCGCAGGAUGUCAUGUUCGAGAGGGACUACGUCGUUGUCGAAAGGCGACACGUCGAAGUCAACGCUCUCGCCGACGAGCUGGCCGCAAAUCAAGCGCCUCACGGGUCGAAGGGAACGCAGAUGGUUCGCAGAAGCACGCAGCAGGGCGCUCCGACGUCCACGACGGGUGCCGUUUCUUCCGCCCCGGCGUCUCAGACCGCCCUGGUCGCGCAGGGGCGAGCUGGCCAGGGACGACGGGCGUCUUUUGACAAGGCGCUUGCCUCGAGUCCAAACUCGGCCUCGAGUGCCAUAUCAAAGGCAAUCCAAGAUGCCAGCCUCCGACUCUUCGGCUUCAAGGUGGCGCCCGUUCGAGCGGCGCAGGGCCACUCGCCGCCCAUGUAUCAGCCUUUCCCGGCCUAUCCGACCCCGUCCGCGCCGGUGGCCCUCAUCGGGGAUGGCAGGGGCAGCAGCCAGCUGGUCGACGAGGACGUACGAGCCAAGGAUGCCAUGGAGGAAUACGCCGAGAGGAGCGACUGCGUCUAUGGCUUCGCCGAAGUCAAGUACAAGCAGCUCGUUCCUCUCGCGCCGUCGAUGGACCACGGGCUCGGAGGCGUCACGGCCGAUCAGCUCGCCGAGGAGGAGGACGGUCUGACGGUCGAAGCCGUCGUGUCCCUGUCGGAAGAGGCCCUGGUUCUCUACGUCAAAUCGCUCGCGUUGCUGGCCCGGGCCAUGGACAUUGCCAGCGUCUGGUGGACCAAGAAGAGUCGAGGCGGUUCGAGCACGGGCGCGUCCGCGGCCGUGUCGGAGCAAGUGACGCAGAAGAUCAACGCCAUCGUCCAGUGGGUGCGGCAGCGCUUCAACGAGGUCUUGGAGAAGUCCGAGAUUGUUCGUCUGAGGCUGACCGAGGCCCAGAGGCUGCUGCCGCCGGACCACCCGAGCCACCCGUCCAACCAUGGGGAGGAUUCCUUCGCGACCUCAUCGGGUUCCAGCGCGAAGCAGGUGUUCCUCACGCCUGGCAUCAGUGCCGAGAUGCUCAUGUACGAUCGUGCUCUGGAGAUGAGCCGGGCGGCGGCAAUCGACGAGGUGACGAACGAGAACCUGGCUGGCUGCAAGAUCUCGUACGUUACGGCCAUUCGUAUGCUCGAGGCCGUGCUCGAGGCCGACGACGGCUCCUCGAGCCGCAUGGCCGUCUCAGCUGGCAAGGAGGCUGCUCGCGGCACGAAGGAGCGCGACGGCGAUCUCGACAGCGACGAAGAGGCGCAUGUGCGAAAAAUGAUAAAAAUGAUCACCGCCAGGCUCGCCUCAGUCACGAAGAAGCAGCAGAUGAUUGACGAGGCCAACAGCAAGGAGCAGCAGGCUCAGCUGCAGGCUCCGCAGCGUCAAAGCGGCGACGUGACGCCGCGCAGCGUCCCUUCCUACGGCUCGACCUGA